AUGGCUUCGCCAAAUCCAUCAACACAAUCCUCCAACGUGGGCGACGCGGUUCACUGCGACGAUUUAAAGUGGCUUCCUCCAGCCCCAAAGAUCUGGAUCAAACUCAUCGAACUCACACCUGAGACCGGUGCUUAUACAGUCAUGAUCAGCGCUGAGCCUGGAGGUGUUCUCCCUCGCCAUCGGCGUGUCAAGGGCGCAGAGAUUUACAUCUUGAAGGGAAAGGGUGACCAUCCGCAAGCUGGACACUUUGAGAAAGGUGAUUAUGUUUCAGGACAUGAGGGGGCGCGACACGAUCCGCUUUUUUUUUGA